ACAGGAAGCGGCCUUUGUUGACUCGGCCCGAAAAGAACAGCAAGAUGGCCAACAUGGACGUGGAGGAUUUUAUCCAACAAAACAGAGCUUUGGCGGAGCAGGUGGAGACGUAUCGAGGUUACUGGGAGAGUGAGAAACACUGGGAGCCCAGGAGAGAGUUCAUCCUGCGGAACAUUAACGACUUCCAGCUCCAGCAGCUCGACCAGCUGCUCUCCCUGUCCAUGGUCUGGGCUAACAACGUCUUCCUCGGCUGUCGGUACAGCACAGAGCUCCUGGACAAAGUGAAGGAAAUGGCUGAAGGCAUCGAGGUGGAGGACGCACCGGUCUUCAAGACAAGAGAUGAAAUUAUGAAGAAGCAACAGGGUCGAUGAUGGCGCCGGCGUAUCAUCCAUCCUGGUUGUGUCGGAUCGAUACAGAAGACUGAUGGGACUCCGCUGUUGUGUACAGACAGGCUGUGCCACACUUCACAUGGUUUUACAAUCCCGCACUGUUUUAAAACAGAUGCGAUGAGAGUUUUAACUUCAAACAUCUUUUUUUUUUUUAAUAUCAAAAGCAGAAAGACUGUCACUCAGACUUUUAGCAUUUAAUUGUACAGAGACAACAAAGAUGUUUUUUUCAGUGGGAGCUUCACCGCUCAUGUUUUUACACCAUUGUUUUACCUUUGUUUUUUUAAGUGUAUUCAUCGUAUUUAAUACUGUUUUUAAUAAAUUCAGAUGAAAGAUAA